AAGUACCGGAGGUGGGAGUCGGCCUCUCCAAAAUAAAGGUUUGGGCUUCUGCCAUUGUGCCCUUUUGCAGCUGGUCUUCCUUCUCAUUAUGGGCGCCACUACUCGUGCUCAGGACUGCGGGUAGUGCGGUGGCAUUUCAGCGGUCGGAGUAAGGCAAGAUUCCUCCUUUGCCUUCUCUUAACGGAGUCCGUCUUCCCCCUCCCCCCUUUCUUGUUCUCCUUUGCUCUUCUAGUUGGGGUUUGAAUCGUCUGCUAGCUUCUCUGGAGCCUUGAAGUAGAGAAGGGAAGGGUGCGUUUCCUCGGAAUCUUGAAGAGUGCUGAUUGGAUUCUGUGGUGGAGAGGCCGCCCUUGUCCGUGGAUUCGCUUCGAAAUCCUCUGCUUUGUACCCUAAAAGAGGGAGGUUUGUUGAGGGGAACUCGUGACAGCGACACGCCGGGACGGCGUUUGUGAUAAGUCCUUCGGAGAUCUUGGCCGGAUCGUGGGGACGAGGCUCCUCAUUGCGCCGUCGGAAGUGGCCUUGGAGGAUCAGCAUGAGGGAUUUCCCUUCUUGUUUCGGCGAGAGCGGAAUUCAGGUUUCGGACUCCUCGUCCGGCGGCGCCGUUAAGACCGCGCACAAUCUGGUGACUUACUUCUACCGGGCGCGACGCGGCGGCCGUUCUUGCGUCGUCGCCGUUACGUGGAGCAAGACCCUGAUGGGUCAAGGGUUGACUGUCGGGAUCGACGAUGGCGAUGGCCAGUGUCUCUGUAAGGUGGACAUCAAGCCGUGGCUUUUUUCCAAGAGGAAAGGGUCUAAGAGCUUGGAGGUGGAGAGUAGCAAGGUGGACAUCGUAUGGGACUUGUCUGCUGCCAAGUUUGGGCCGGGGCCUGAGCCUUUGCAAGGUUACUAUGUUGCGGUUGUCUUUGAUCUACAGAUGGUCCUCUUGCUCGGUGAUCUGGCCAAGGAGGCCUACCGUAAGACUGCCGCAGUCCCUUCCACUUCCAAUAUGGCCUUCGUAGCCAAGCGGGAACAUAUAUCUGGGAAGAACCUCUACUGUACCAAGGCUCAGUUCUGCGACAAUGGGAAAGCUCAUGAUGUUGUAAUCGAGUGUGACACGGUUGGGCUUAAAGAUCCAUGCCUUGAGAUACAUAUCGACAAGAAGCGGGUAAUGCAAGUGAAGCGACUCGCUUGGAAGUUUCGUGGAAACCAGACAAUCCUGAUUGAUGGACUCCCUGUAGAGGUGUUUUGGGAUGUUCACAGCUGGCUCUUUGGUGUACCUGGCGGAAAUGCUGUCUUCAUGUUUCAAACUUGUCCCUCAGCUGAGAAGCUGUUGCCGUGGUUUCAGGGUUUCAAGCAGUCACAAUUGCAAGGUGUUGGCUUUUCAUUGAUAUUACACGCUUGGAAAAAUGAAUAGGUUAAGGCAAGAGGAUACUUUUUACUUCCUUGCCUUUUCCUUGGUGUGCUAACAAAAUUUAGCAUAUUAUUUGUCUUUAACGACGCCAGUGAGCCUCCCAUUUACUUCCUUUUCGUUUGCUAUUUCUCCUGUUUGAGUAGUUGGGAAGAUUCUGACAUAUAUAUGUUUCUUCUCUCUUGUGAGUUCGUGCAUUAUUUGGAUCAGGUUUUAAUGUUGUACUUUUUGUGUGGAUAAGAUAUGUUCCCUGUUAAACUCAUUCAAGAAAUGGGGACUCAGAAUUCCUUUUCUUGCUGAAACUGAGGUGAUGGGCUUGCAUGUGACUCGAUGAAAGAUUUUUAUGAAUGACCCACCUUAUUGACACAUCUUAUUGAAUUAUGAACGAUCGUUUCUUUAGUAAGUCUUAGUUAUUUUUAUCAUUUUUAUGUAAAGUAUUUUUUUUUCAUGUACAUUCAGUAAUUUGAGAAACAGAAUUCACAUCGAUACUAAUACUGAGUAUAUGAGUAUGGAAAUGACCAUUGAUUAGACGAUUGUUGGGUUCUUGUCUGGAUAACAGCUAAAGAAAUAUUUGUCUUCAUUUUUUUGGACUCUGAAAGGAUGCUCCCUGGUUCUUUGAUAAUGCUUCACACAGACACGCCCUUCACUGGGCUUAAUAUUUAUUAUGUUUUAAAAUUGGUAAAAAAUAAUGAGAUAUAUGCAUCACUUAAUAUGUACAAUACCUAUUGAGGUAGUAACGGGGAGAUUGUAUUGCACCAUUGGAAUCAAGAUGUGAGAUCAUCCAAACUGCUGGACUUUUUUGGAUGCUUUUGUGUUGUCAGCAGGUUGAUACGUUGGGCAUAUCUUCUUCAUUCUAUGAGCAUAAACAUUUGGGAUGACAUCUCUGGAGAAUGCUUCUAGGUGAUGGC